AUGUACGAUAUAUCAAAUAUAUUCAAGAGAUGUAUAGAAGAGAAAAUAACUAUUCUUACAGGGAGAUCAAGUAGAGCAGAUAGAUCCUUAAUUAAUUCAAGUAUGAUGAUGUCAAGAGUAAAGACUAAAGAUAAUUACUAUUAAUUUAAUGAAUCUAAUUCCUUUAAUAAAUACAAUGUAGAAUUAAAUUACUAAACAGAAUUGGAAUACAAUCCUAAAUUUCUUAUUAAGAAUAAAGAAAAAAUGGAUGUAUUGUCUGAUUGUUCUGAGUAUUAUGAACUACCAAAAAUAUCACACUUAGAACAACAAUCAAUAAAAAAAUAUUCAAUGUGCAAUAGUUAACAUGAUUCUUCAGGGAUUACAUCAAGAAAAAAUACUUAUAAAAAAUAUAGAUAAAUUUCAAAUCGUUUAAAAGCUGUGAAAGUUGGUUAUCUUUCAUUAGAUCCAGAUAGUCCUUAUACCUAAGAGAUUUUCAAAUAGUUGUCUAAUUCUAACAUUUAUUAAGAAAUCACAAAACCAUAAGUAUGCUAUUAUUAAUAUCUAGUUAGUCAAUUAUCUUGCAAGUUAAUUAGGUUGUUAGACUAGUGUUUAAAAAUUAAUAAACUUAAUGUAGUUGCCUUAUUCAAUUACUUAAGCAGUAUAUCGAUCAUUUUUACUUUAAAUUAGAGAAAUGAGUUAGCAAUGUAAUAAAUAUAUAUGAUGAUAGAAAUUAUAUAAUUAGUGUUUAGCUGUUAUGAUGUGAUGUCUAAAACAUAUUUAAAUACUAGAGAUCUAUUUGAGUUAUUCAAAGCUGGAGGUGCAGCUUAAAAAGAUGCAGAUAUCAUCUUUAAAUAUCUUCGAUUUAAGGCUAUAAGAAAUCCAUUUGAUAUGCAUACUACAAUCUCAACUUAAAAAAAAGUAAAGCAGAAGCCCUAAAAAUAAAUGGUUAUUACUAUGAUGAAAGAUAAAGUAAGAAAAUUAUCUGAAAUGUAUAAUCGAAAACAUACUUAUGAUAAUAACGUUGUUUCUGAAACAACAUUUUUAGAAAUUUAUUAAAAUACUAUUCCUGAAUUUUUUAAAUUUCUUGUCUAAUUAUUGGCUAAUUAUAAUUGUGAUUGA